GUUUGCUCAGUGUUUUUUCUUAACCUUUUGCUCCAUUAGAUGGAUUGGCAAGGGCAAAACCUAGCAGAGAAUCUAAUGCAAUUCAUGUUGCUUGCAUUUGCGGUGAUUGCAUUUGGAACGGGAUAUCUUAUAGCUUCUUUAAACACAAUGAUUCUCAUAUAUGCCGGUGGUGUAGUUCUCACCACAUUGGUGACUGUUCCGAAUUGGCCCUUUUACAACCGUCAUCCUCUCAAAUGGUUGGAUCCAAGUGAGGUAGAAAAGCAUCCGAAGCCACAACCAUCUCCUAAUGUGAAUUCAAAGAAGAAACCCAUUAAGAAGAAACCCAUUAAGAAGUAGGGUUCUUCUACAUACAUAUGUUAGUACAAGUGUUUCUUCAAGCUUAAAAGUCCAUGCUUUGACAGGAUUUUGCUUUCUUAUUUUCUUUCCCUCUUGUUCUCUUUUACCGGAUAUUAUUACAAAGUUACAAUGAAGUUUACUUUUUUGGACUGCAAAAUAUUACUAAUUUUCUUUAGUAAUGAUUUGUCUUGGUUCCCUUGCC